GAAGUCCGGCGGGAGCUGGUCGCCUGGCCCGACCUCUUACAAAGUCACUCCGAGAGGCGGCACUUUCUGGAUCGAGAGAGGAAACGUGCAGCAGCUCCUUGGUCGGGGGUCUCCAGAGGCUCCCCAUUCAGACGAUCUCGCCCGUAGGGAUCGCUCCGCGCAGCAGCCGGGGAGGAGGGGGCGGGGGAAAGCUAUGGCUCAUCCGGACGCUCCGGCUCUCUCUGCCCUUCUCCUCGUGGUCAUCGCCGCAGAACUAAACAUCUGCUGUACAUCCUCAGCCAGUCCAACUACUCCACCAAAGGUAACUAUCUCAGGAAGUACAGCAUCUGCUAGCCAACCUGCUACACCCAUAAUCAGCACUCCAGGGAGCACUGUGACAACAGCUGCAACAUCAGCCACUGUUUCCCUUAGAACUGAAUUGGGACUUACACACACAGGCUCUGUAAACACUGCCCCAGAAGUGGGGAGUUUGACUACAACCCCUGUAUCAGGAACAGUGACAACUCAUGUCACAACAUCACCAUGGUCAAGCAGUGGACAGCAAAGCACAGAACACCCAUUGGCCUCUGGAACAUCAGCUGCCAACCCAACAACAGACGUCAUGAUCCCUUCUCAGACCCCAGCAACCACCUCUCAGAUUUUAAGUGAGUCACCGACCAUCAUCACCACUUCCAAUAUGACAAACAAUGGCACAGCUGGUGUAACCCAAUCAUCAGGCUUAGAAACAUCAGCAGUAACUGUGAUCCCAAGUGAAAAACUCCCUACCAAAGAGGCAACAUCUGGGAAGACUCCUACAGCAUUGGUCACUUCCUCAGGGCCAGAGGAAAAGGGCACAUCUUCACAAGGCCCUUUAGCAAAUAAAGCUACUCCAGAGGCCUCCCGUAUUCAUGAUGCCACAUUCUCUGCAGGGGUAACUGUGCAAGAGAUUGAGCAUGCAUUGAGUCCAGGAAGCAUUGCAGCUAUUACUGUAACAGUGAUUGCAGUGGUUCUGUUGGUGUUUGGCUUGGCUGCAUUCCUGAAGAUCAGGCAUUCCUCAUAUGGAAGACUCUUUGAUGAUCAUGACUAUGGAUCCUGGGGAAACUACAACAACCCUCUGUAUGAUGACUCCUAAUCAAAGAACUUUAAGCCAAAAAUUGUGCUUGCUUUUAUGAACCACUUUGUUUCACUAAAAGCGCCAUGGUCUGUUCUCCUUCUUACCUGCAACUCCCAAGUUUUUGCUCCUCCUGCUGUUUCUUCUGAUCAACCAUUUCAGAUUUCAGCAAUGGCCAAAAUCUACAUUAGAAAGGACCAAAGUGAAGCUUUGUAGUAACAAAGCAGCUGGAAUUCGUUGCCCCAGGAAUAUUUGCUCAUAUAGGCAUAUUCACUUGAGAAUGUGUUUUUAAUGCAAAAUUAUUAGGGCUUCUACAAAAGGAGGGGAAAAACAUGGAAGUUUUCAUGGCAGAAGUGCUGUGGCCACUGAUUUCUCAGCAACUUGUGUAUGACAAAUGAAGGCUUAAUGGGCUGAGUUCUCAGCAACUUGUGGAUGACAAAUGAAGGUUUAAUGGGCA